AUGAACUCCACUGUCUCUCAGCUCCUGCUCCAAAACCACAAGACAGUCCUGGACUGCGAUGCUCUGCUUGAGCAAGCCUGCAGCAGGUCAGACUCUGGCUACUACAGCGCCAGUUGCAGCCUCUCACCGGCCUCUUCCAUCGACUUCUGCAGCCUUUCUCCUCCGUCUCUACAGUGUGGGGUGAGGCAGGAAGCCUAUGACUGUGGCACUUCCUUUGGCAGCCAGGUUUACCCACAACAGAGCCUCCCGGUUCAGACCAAGAGAAGGACCAGGUCCAAGUACCCUGGGAAGAAGAGGCAGAGCGCCAGCAACAGAGAGAAGCUGAGGAUGAGGGACCUGACCAAAGCUCUUCACCACCUGAGGACCUACCUGCCCCCUUCCAUGGCUCCGGUGGGACAGACCCUGACCAAAAUCCAGACCCUUCACCUGACCAUCCGUUACAUCUCCCACCUGUCCGAGCAGCUGGAGCUGAGCAAGGAGGACCCAUCUGAGAGAAGAGGGGCUGACAGAUCCGAGGGACCCCAGGAUGACAUCCAGCUGCAGGACUGUUGGCAUUCAAACCAGUCCCAGCAGCCUGAUGGCAAUAGUUACAACAGCAACAGUUGCCUCUUCACAGAAAGUGUGCCAGUGGAGUACUGGGUUCCAGAGCAGCAGUUUCAUUCCGGAUGGUGUUGA